CACCACUACCACCACCCUCACCACCGCCACAGAUCACCACCUGGUACUACGUGGUGCUGGACAACGAGGUGCCCAUUCAGGAGCUGGCGGAGUCCCUGGAGGAAGGUUCUCAGGCCCUGCUCCUCCGGCCCUCCACGCGCGGGGCGGCGGGCACGUGGAUGGCUUUGACGCUCAUCUCACGGGGGGACGGCGUGCGACGCUUCCAUUCCGUGGGCAGGUGGAGCGAGGAGGAGGGUUUGGUAGUGCAUCGAACCCUCUUUCCUCCCCCUUCCAAGACAUUCCGUGGACGCACCCUCAAGCUCGGGGUCAUUAACAAGCCGCGUGUGUUCCAGAAGGUGGCGGGGACGGGCGAGGUGGUAGGGUACUCGAGCGAUAUCCUCCGCCUCCUGCAGAAGCACCUCAAUUUCACGGUCGCGCUACGGUGGUUCGACACAUUCGGCGCCGCCUACCCAAACGGCUCCUGGAACGGUGUGAUCGGCGCGCUGCAUAGAAAGGAAAUUGACUUCAGUCCGAUGGAUUUCACACCAACUAAAGAGAGCAGAACCGUGAUCGACUUCUCGGACUGGGUGAGCGAGAACCCCGUGGUCAUUACCUCGGCCGCGCCCACGCCCCAGGUGCGCCCCUUCCUGCUGCUGGAGGUGUACAAGGCUGAGGUGAGCAGAUGGAACAGGUGUAUCCCGUGA